CACGAGUAUCCUCACAAAUUAUUACAUCAAAACGGCUGCAUCUUCAAAGCCAGAGAUGUCAAUUUGUCAUUCAUCUGAUAUUUGCAUGCCACGAAAUGGCUAUUUUAGUGAAAGUGCAAUUAGUAGUGCUGUUGCUCCGCCCAUGUCAAGUGAUGAACAAGUAAAAAUUGUGACUUAUCCAAAUGCUGUAAAUACGCAGAGUACGAAAAGUGGAAAAAAUAAUAAUAUAAAUCCUGAUGAGAAUAGUAAAUGUAAAGGAAUAGGAUCUUUUUCUAAAUCAUCAUCGGCAUUAAAAGACAAAAAAACUACCGGUCUACCAAAAAAAAGAAAAAAGCGCAGACUCAUAGCUGAAGCAUGGCAAUAUUUUAAAUUAGAAGAAAAUUUCGCA